AUGAUGUCAAUACGCCAUCUCUUUUGUGUUCUCACUAUUGCACUGUGUUGUGUCUGCAGCUGUGUGGUAGCUGAUCAAGCUGAAGCUGAAGCUCUUGAGGCUAAACCCAAACAACAUGAUUCUGAGGGUCCACCAGGUCCCGGUGAUGGACAUUCUGAAGUUUCUCCUUGUUCAUCUGGUUCACCCCCUGGUGCUGAUAAUUCUCAGUGUUUAGAAAGUAGUGGUGAAGAACAUAAUGAUGAUCUUGUUAACCGUGAUCAUUCACAGGAACUGGUACAGCCGCAUAGUCCAGUGAUCCACACAAAUGGAGGACAUCGAGAAGAGGGAAGUGUUAGCAGCGGUACGAAAGAUGAACUCACCAUAGCAGGCCAGAAAGCGGUAGAAAACAAUCCACAUGUUGGUGUGGUACCUGAAAGAGCAGCAAGUGAUAUUACUGCUAAUCCUGAUUCUGCACGUGGAGAGCCUGGAGUUGCUGCUGUUGAUGUUGAAACUACUUCUCGAUCACGUGAGACUGGUCCACGUACAACUGAAAAUAUUGAUCCCAAGAUUGAUGGAUGA